UCGCCUCGAGCCAGGCUCUGUCCCGCCGCGCCACACUUAAUAUUCAUAAGAGUUCAUGAAUAUUGAAAACAAGGCGGGGGACGGAGGACCAGCCGCUGCUGCCUCAGACCUGCAGGUGGGCAGGAAUGGCCGUGCCUCAGCCCGGGGGGACCAGAGCCCCAGUGGCCGCCGCUGCCCCCGGACGCCGGGCAAAGCUGACCCACCCGGGGAAGGCCAUCCUGGCAGGUGGCAUCGCCGGAGGCAUCGAGAUCUGCAUAACUUUCCCUACGGAAUAUGUCAAAACGCAGCUGCAGCUGGAUGAGAGGGCCAACCCCCCUCGGUACCGAGGCAUCGGUCACUGCGUGAGGCUGACAGUACAGGACCAUGGCUUCUGGGGGCUGUACCGGGGCCUCAGCUCUCUGCUGUAUGGAUCCAUUCCAAAAUCUGCGGUCAGGUUUGGAGUCUUCGAGUUCCUCAGCAGUUAUGCCAAGGACUCAAAUGGGAAACUGGACAGUAAGAAGAGUUUAUUCUGUGGCCUUGGAGCUGGUGUGGCAGAGGCUGUGGUGGUUGUAUGUCCCAUGGAGACUAUCAAGGUCAAGUUCAUCCAUGACCAAGGCUCUCCCAAUCCCAAGUACCGAGGGUUUUUCCAUGGGGUCCGUGAAAUUGUGCAGGAACAAGGUCUACGUGGGACCUAUCAGGGACUCACAGCCACCGUCCUCAAACAAGGCUCCAACCAAGCCAUCCGAUUCUUUGUGAUGACCUCUUUCCGUAACUGGUAUCUAGGGGACAAUCCCCACGGAGAGAUGAAUCCCUUUGUCACGGCUAUGUUCGGGGCAACUGCAGGUGCCGCCAGUGUCUUCGGCAACACUCCUCUGGAUGUCAUUAAAACCAGGAUGCAGGGACUGGAAGCCCACAAGUACAAGAGCACAUUGGAUUGUGCCUACCAGAUCCUUAAAAAUGAGGGCCCCACUGCAUUCUACAAAGGGACCAUUCCCCGUCUUGGCCGGGUCUGCCUGGAUGUGGCCAUUGUGUUUGUGAUUUACGAAGAAGUGGUAAAACUUCUCAACAAGGUUUGGAAAACCAUUUGAUGCUCUUGGCCUAAAUGGAUCUUAGAAGGCUGCUGGAUUCUCAAAUACUAGCAAAUGUAAUUUUGUUUGUUCAUGUGGCCACCCGCACCAACCGCUGGGGUGGACUAUUCGUGGACCAUUUCGAACGAAAAGGCCAAGUGAAGAUCUGGUGAUAUUCUCCCACCACACACCUGCUUCAGGACUUUGGCAUUGUAUCCAAGUCCGCAGAUGCUUCAGAAGUGCAGUGUGUCUCAUCUCCUGAAGGUGGAGAUGCAGCCAAGCUUUGCUCUAUUAGUUUCAUUCUGGGAGCACUGAAAGGAAGUCCAAUGCGGUUUAAGCUCCAGCAGGUGCAUUCCAACAGGGAACACGAUUUGAACCCAUUUGCUACCUGAGCCAGCAGAGGCUGCUCUAUUUAGCACAAACCAAACCAGGGCUAAUAGACUUACCCUAGUUAACUUAACAUGCUAACAAACUCCUCUUAAACAUAGGUCAAUGGCUACCUCAUCAUUUUAUGGUGAAGGGACAGCAUACAGUACUGUUUGAUAGUUCUCAGAGUGGUGCAGCCCUUUUGAUCCAUGGUGGUUUGGGAGGGUUAAGUGGCAGACAGGGGCUGGGCUGCUAAGCUGUUCUUUCUUUAGCACAAUACUGUUCUUAAACAUGGAUGUUCCCUGUAACUCUGCGCCAAACCCUUGCAAGAUUAGGCAGUAGUGUAAAAUGGCAGGCGAGAUGGGGCAUUUCUGGCUCAAGGACCUUUAGCAUAAUUGGUAGCUUUUUUAUCAGCAUGAGCUAGACUCAGCAUCAGCUCUGUGUCCUUCAACAAUUGUAAGAGAGAAGGCAUCGAGAGAGACAUUUUUGCUGUCAUGUUUCUCCCUCUGUACACAUAGCAUGUGAAGAAAUUGAUCUGUGUCAUUUUAAUUCCUUGCCGCUCCAUGACCUUACCCUAUGCUGCCUGUUAUUAUGGUUUCUGGCAAAUUGGGCCUUUGCUUGUCUAUGUUUCACUUGUUCAAACCAGUUUCAAAGCCGUUCUUGUUUCUGUGGCUUCCAACUUAAUCUUGGGCUUGGUAAAGCCCAUCUGAGAGUAGUUUCUGAGUACCUUUGCCGCAUUACAGUUCUCCAGGUCCUUUGCAGGAAUCUGUGGCACAAGAGUUGCAAACUGGUUGACCUCUACUCCUCAAAGGAGAAGGAGCAGAAGAGACCUGGAGCAGUGUUGUCUAUGGGAGUUCAAGCAAUGGUACUUGUUCCCAAGGUCAAAUUCAACCACUCUAUUUGGUAUACAAUCAGCAUUUAAAAAAAACAAAAACAGCCAGUAGUUAAGAGUAUUCAAACUUCUCCUUCGCUGCUCUUGGGAUUGUCCUUUUCCAACAGAGACACUUCGCUGCAUCCUUGUCCUGGGAAAGAGGUUCUUAUGUCCGUGCCUUUCUAACAUCGGCCUUUAAACUUUCUCUCUGGUUUGCUGCUCUCUUUUUUAAUUUUUGAAACAUUGUUGUGGUGUACAGGUCCACACAUUUCUCUUUCAGGAUAAACACAAGUCUAAACAUA